AUGCAGCCCAUUUGGAAGGCUCGUGCUGGCCUGGUGUGGGAGUUGUCUCCCACGCUACAUCCUGUUCCUGUGACCAGCACAGGAAACUUAAUUCAGACCUUAAGGAAAUGCCCUCCUGGUUCUGGCGUUAGUACCCACUUCCUGAAAGAGGCUGGCCAGACAGGAGAAAACACCAAGUGGUUAACAGGAUGUUUUUACCAUUAUGAGGAUUCUUUUGUUCUCCACGCCAGUGGAAUGUGGCGAUGUCUGGAGUCAUAUUUUGAGGACUCAAGCUCCAAGUUGCAUGGGACCAUUGCAAAGGAGAGUGACUUGAAAGCAUCACCAGCUGCCUUCUUAGCUGAUAGAAGCACACCUUUAAGACAAGGCUGUGACUCGGCUGAAUGUCGAAGACAUUGGAUACAGAUGGGCCAAUCUCAAAGCACUCCUCUUUCUCUCCUCGUUGCUAACUUCAGGGAUGUUAGAACCAGAGGACAGAAUUUGAGUUUAGACAUCCGGCGGGGAAAAUUAAUAACCCUCUGCCGCUCCGAAUGGCCAACCUUCAGCGUUGGAUGGCCAACCAAAGGAACUUUCUGCCUCCCUAUAAUUGCUAAGGUGAAAUCAAAGAUUUUUCUACUGGGUCGCGAGGGACACCCGGAUCAGAUUCUCUACAUUCUUGUAUGGCGGAGUUUAGUGGAAAAUCCACCUCCUUGUCAGGACCUACUAUCCCUAGACCCUCCACCCUAUCAUCCCCCUCCCCUGGCACCCCAGGCCCUGCCCGCAGCAGCCGCCCCACCAGUCGCCCCGCUAGUUGCCCCCCUAGGGGAACCGGGAGGACGGGAAGCGGCAGCUGCGCCGGAACCAGGAGGACGGGAGGCAGCAGCCCAUGAGCCAAACCCUCGCCUCCCCGACUCCACUGUGGCCCUACCUCUGCGGGAAACAGGACCCCCCGAUGGAAGAGGCAACCCCCGACUCCAGUAUUGGCCCUUUUCCACCAUUGACCUUUACAACUGGAAAACGCAGAACGCUGGAUUCUCUGAUAACCCUAAAGAUCUAAUAGCUCUUUUAGACAGUGUCAUGUUCACCCACCAGCCCACCUGGGACGACUGUCAGCAGCUCCUCCGCAACCUGUUCACUACAGAGGAGCGAGAGAGGAUCCAAUUAGAAGCAAGAAAGCUGGUUCCCGGAGACGACGGUCGGCCGACAUCUAACCCUGACCUCAUUAAUGCGGCUUUCCCCCUAACCAGACCUCCACAGGACGAAUGGGACUACAACACGGCAGAAGGUAGGGGAAGGCUACUCAUUUAUCACCAGACUCUGAUGGCGGGUCUCCGGGCUGCAGCUCGCAAGCCCACCAAUUUGGCUAAGGUAUAUUUGGUCGUACAGGGAAAGGCAGAGAGUCCAGCUGCUUACUUACAGAGAUUAAUGGAAGCCUUUAGGCAGUUUACCCCCAUGGAUCCAGAAGUUGCUGAGAACCAGGCUGCUGUCGUUAUGUCCUUUGUAAAUCAAGAAGCUCCUGACAUUAGAAAAAAAAAACUCCAAAGGCUAGAGUAUUUAGAAGGUAAACAGAUCCAGGAUCUGCUCCGUAUAGCACAACUGGUCUACAACAACAGGGACGCCCCAGAAGAGAGACAGAUCAAAGCCACAGAGAAAAUGACUAAAGUCCUGGCCGCUAUAGUCCAGAAAGAACAGCCACCCCCAGAAGGCACUCAAACAACACGCCCUCCCAGGCAGCACUUAGAUAAAGAUCAAUGCGCCUAUUGUAAAGAAAAAGGCCAUUGGAUACGAGAAUGCCCCAAGAAGAAACAACCCCACCCCAGCCAAGGGCAAUGGCAGCCUAAAAUAGCCCCCAUACUGUUUACCCAAGAUACAGAAUAGGGAGGAUGGGGUUCGGAUCCCCUCCCCGAACCUAGGGUAACAUUGCAAGUGGAGGGGAUCCUGGUCCAGUUCCUAGUUGAUACCGGGGCACAGCACUCAGUUCUGGUCAAGCCCCAUGGGAAAGUAUCUGAAAAAUCAUCCUGGGUACAAGGGGCCACCGGAAUAAAGAAGUACCCCUGGACAACUCAGAGGACUGUGCACUUAGGACUGGGUAAGGUAACCCACUCCUUCCUGGUCAUUCCCGACAGCCCCUCCCCCCUGUUGGGGAGGGAUUUGCUUACCAAAAUGGGGGCCCAAAUUCAUUUCCAACCUGGGGGAUCGCCACCGGGGAGCGGGGGCGGGGCCGCGGCUCGCGCAGCAUUGGGCAAAGCCGCAGCGUCCCGCGGAUACUCUGAUGGGAAAAGGGAACGGAGAGCCAUUUAUGCAGAACAGCAUCAGUUAUUCCCUCAUCUCUGGAUAAGAUAUUGCCUGUGUCUGACCCACACAACUCUCUUUCUUGGUCUACCACAUAGUCAUAGCCAGAGAAAUUCCUCCUUAUCUUUAGAAGUGAAAUACUAUGCACUUUCCUGCCUCAGUGACACCCAAAUUGAGCACAAGGUAGCUCAGUUUCAGAGGUGGAUGUGGCCAGUUGCUGAGCAAAAUAAGUGUAGAAAGUUAACAGAGAGUCCUAUUCUGGAGGUUCCUGAAUGCAAGGGUGACAAGACAAUGCUCAGUUUCAUGGUCACCGAACGAUUUUCAAGUAGGAAUUGUUAA